GGCUAUGGCCGCAGAAGAGGGCUUGCAGACGGUGGACCACUAUAAGACUGAGAUUGAGCGGCUGACCAAGGAGCUCACGGAGACGACCCACGAGAAGAUCCAGGCUGCCGAGUACGGGCUGGUGGUGCUGGAGGAGAAGCUGACCCUCAAACAGCAAUAUGACGAGCUGGAGGCAGAGUACGACAGCCUCAAACAGGAGCUGGAGCAGCUCAAAGAGGCAUUUGGGCAAUCCUUUUCCAUCCACCGGAAAGUUGCUGAGGAUGGAGAGACUCGGGAGGAAACGCUUCUGCAGGAGUCAGCAUCAAAGGAGGCUUACUAUCUGGGGAAGAUCUUGGAGAUGCAGAACGAGCUGAAACAGAGCCGGGCUGUUGUCACCAAUGUACAGGCAGAAAAUGAGAGACUCACAGCUGUUGUGCAGGAUCUGAAGGAGAACAAUGAGAUGGUGGAGCUACAGAGAAUACGAAUGAAGGAUGAAAUCCGAGAAUACAAAUUCCGGGAGGCCCGGCUUCUUCAGGACUAUACCGAAUUGGAAGAAGAAAACAUAACGUUGCAGAAACUCGUGUCCACGUUGAAACAGAACCAGGUUGAAUACGAAGGCUUAAAGCAUGAGAUUAAGCGAUUUGAGGAGGAAACGGUACUACUGAACAGCCAGCUGGAAGAUGCUAUCCGAUUAAAAGAGAUCGCUGAGCACCAACUGGAAGAAGCCCUUGAGACCUUAAAAAAUGAAAGGGAGCAGAAGAACAGCUUGCGGAAGGAGCUCUCACAGUACAUCACCCUCAACGAUAACCAUAUCAGCAUCUCAGUAGAUGGACUCAAGUUUGCCGAGGAUGGGAGUGAACCAAACAAUGAUGACAAAAUGAAUGGGCAUAUCCAUGGGCCUCUUGUGAAACUGAAUGGAGACUACCGAACGCCCACCUUAAGGAAAGCAGAGUCUCUGAACCCUGUCUCUGACUUAUUCAGUGAGCUGAACAUUUCAGAAAUACAGAAAUUGAAGCAGCAGCUCAUGCAGGUAGAGCGGGAAAAGGCCAUUCUCCUGGCCAAUCUCCAGGAGUCGCAGACACAGCUGGAACACACCAAAGGGGCGCUGACAGAACAGCACGAGCGGGUGCACCGGCUCACGGAGCACGUCAAUGCCAUGCGGGGCCUGCAGAGCAGCAAGGAGCUCAAGGCUGAGCUGGAUGGGGAGAAGGGCCGGGACUCGGGGGAGGAGGCCCAUGACUACGAGGUGGACAUCAAUGGCUUGGAGAUCCUUGAGUGCAAAUACAGGGUGGCGGUCACAGAGGUGAUUGAUUUGAAAGCUGAGAUUAAGGCCUUGAAGGAGAAAUAUAAUAAAUCUGUAGAAAAUUAUACUGACGAAAAGGCCAAAUACGAGAGUAAGAUCCAGAUGUAUGAUGAGCAGGUGACGAGUCUGGAGAAGACCACCAAGGAGAGUGGCGAGAAGAUGGCCCACAUGGAGAAGGAGUUGCAAAAGAUGACCGGCAUAGCCAACGAGAAUCACAAUACCCUUAAUACAGCCCAGGAUGAGUUAGUGACAUUUAGCGAGGAGUUAGCUCAGCUUUACCACCAUGUGUGUCUGUGUAAUAAUGAAACUCCCAACAGGGUCAUGCUGGACUACUAUAGGCAAAGCAGGGUCACCCGCAGUGGCAGCCUGAAAGGGCCUGAUGACCCCAGGGGACUUUUGUCUCCACGAUUAGCCAGGCGAGGUGUGUCGCCCCCAGUAGAAACAAGGACCUCAUCUGAACCAGUAGCAAAAGAGAACACAGAGGCCAGCAAAGAACCAAGUCCAACGAAGACCCCCACAGUCUCUCCUGUUAUUACUGCCCCACCGUCAUCGCCAGUACUGGAUACGAGUGACAUCCGCAAAGAGCCAAUGAAUAUCUACAACCUUAAUGCCAUCAUUCGGGACCAAAUCAAGCACCUGCAGAAAGCUGUGGACCGGUCCUUGCAACUGUCUCGUCAAAGAGCAGCCGCACGGGAGCUGGCCCCCAUGAUUGAUAAAGACAAGGAAGCCUUAAUGGAAGAGAUUCUCAAGCUAAAGUCUCUGCUGAGCACCAAACGGGAGCAGAUCGCCACGUUGAGGGCAGUGUUGAAAGCAAACAAACAGACAGCUGAGGUGGCGCUAGCUAAUCUCAAGAACAAAUACGAAAAUGAAAAGGCAAUGGUGACGGAAACCAUGACGAAGCUGAGAAACGAACUGAAGGCUUUGAAGGAAGAUGCGGCAACUUUCUCAUCCUUGAGAGCGAUGUUUGCAACAAGAUGUGAUGAGUAUGUCACACAGUUGGAUGAGAUGCAGAGACAGUUAGCAGCCGCAGAGGACGAGAAGAAGACUCUAAAUACUUUGUUACGCAUGGCUAUCCAGCAAAAACUCGCCCUGACCCAGCGGCUGGAGGACUUAGAGUUUGACCAUGAGCAGUCCCGACGCAGCAAAGGCAAACUUGGGAAGAGCAAGAUCGGCAGCCCUAAAGUAAGUGGGGAGGCAUCAGUCACCGUGCCCACCAUAGACACUUACCUCCUGCAUAGUCAGGGCCCACAGAUACCCACCAUUCGGGUCAGCAGUGGCACUCAGAGGAAAAGACAAUUUUCACCUUCCCUUUGUGAUCAGAGCCGUCCCAGGACUUCAGGGGCUUCCUAUCUACAGAAUUUAUUAAGAGUUCCCCCUGAUCCCACCUCCACAGAAUCAUUUCUUCUGAAGGGCCCCCCUUCCAUGAGUGAAUUCAUCCAAGGGCACCGGCUCAGCAAGGAAAAAAGGUUAACCGUGGCUCCACCAGAUUGUCAGCAGCCUGCUGCCCCCGUACCGCCACAGUGCUCACAACUAGCCGGGAGGCAAGACUGCCCGACGGUCAGUCCUGACAUAGCCCUCCCCGAGGAGCAGUCACAUUCCAGCUCCCAGUGCGCCCCUCUCCACUGUCUCUCCAAGCCUCCUCACCCCUAGGCUUCAUCUUCCGUGGACAAACAGCUGGGGUGACCGUGAUGUAGCCAUACACAAGAUACUGCCCGAGAUCCAGCGGGUGUUUUCUUCUCGGUUGUGAGAUGUACACUGGACUCAUAUCCGCCGUUUUGGAAGAUGAGGGAAAGUCGAGAAGAAUAACACAAAGCACAGACGUGAUAAAACAUUGUGUGGUUUCUCCGAGUCACAGAUAAACUUCUGCAAUCAAGUGGCUACAGUUCAGUUAAGUUAAAAAAAACCAACAAAACAAGAAACGGGAAACACAUAUCUCAGAUGGCUGGCUUUACCUCGAUAGCAUAAGAGAGACCUAAGACAAUGUAAAAUACAUGUAUUGUAAAAAUCAUCUUUCCUCAACGCUCCAAAUUCAGUUAGAGAAGUUGAUUCCAAUUUUUUUGGUCAUGGAUAUUUAUUUUGUACUUUUAUUCACAAAUAGUUCAACAUGAUUUAUGUCUAUAAAAGUAAUUUCUGUGAGAGGUAAAUUCAUUUUUUUUCAAAUAAGCAUAAUUUGCUCAAUUAAGUAUGAGUUUCAGUUUAGUUUGAAAUCUGGAAUUGGCCAGACCAUGGUCAUUUUUCUUGCACAAAAUGGUAAAUGAGGUGCAUCAGAAUGUUAACAAUAAUUGUCUUUUGCUGCUACACUGACAUUGUUUAUGCACUUAUUUUCUAAUCAGUAGUUCAUUAACUGCUGGGUUUUGUUUUUUGUUUUUAACAAGAGUUCUUCACUGGACAUUAUUAAGUAAAUCUAAGAAAGAGACUAAGUUAUGAUUCAUUGACUUAUUCAAGUUUUGAUGACAUCUUUAAUUUUUUUAAAUUGCAGUCAAGUAGAAGUCUUGGUGCUGCUCUUUGUACGUGUGUAUGUGUGUGAUAAUGUUAAAGAAGGCUAAAUAUCUUGAAGGGAAAAAAAUGGUGUGUUUAAUGACCAGAAUUUUUUUUUUACAUCUCCCAAAUUCAGGGUCCUACUAUGAGUCUCUCCUGAUAAAAGGUAUCAAGUACAAAUGGGAAACUAUAUACAUAGAUAGGUGUAAGAUAGCCUUUGGUUCAUCAGUUUACCCAGAAAGUAUUCAAGUUCUUAUUAAAAUUGUAUGUUUUGUUGUUGUCAGGUUUUUUCAUAAUGAAUCUUCCUUGCCAAAAAAAAAAAAAAAA